AGUUAGAGAGGAAUAAGUGGAGGAGGAGAGAAAUGGAAGAGAAUGGUGAGCACGAGAGAGAAGAGGAAGUGGGAAGGUGUUUGAGUAGUUACGUGGAUGAAGGAAGCAAUGAGAGUAACAGAUACUAUUUAUCUCGCAGAACAGUGCUUGAGAUGCUUAAGGACAGAGGCUACACCAUACCCUCUUCUGAAAUCGACCUCUCUCUCUCUGAAUUCCGUGCCAUUCACGGCCAAGCUCCCGAAGUUGACCGUCUCCGAUUCUCCGCCACUCACCACUCUAACCCUUCCAAAAGGAUUUUAGUGAUUUUCUGUGGGCCAGGUAUUGUCAAAGUUAAUGUUAUACGCAGCAUUGCAGGACAGAUUGUUAACAGGGACACUUUGACUGGCCUCAUCUUGAUUGUUCAAAACCGAAUUACUAGCCAGGGCUUGAAAGCAGUUGAUCUUUUCUCUUUCAAGGCUGAAAUCUUUCAGAUUACAGAGUUGCUCGUUAAUAUUACAAAGCAUGUAUUGAAGCCAAAGCAUCAGGUGCUGACUGAUCGGCAGAAACAAAAUCUCCUGAAGAAGUACAAUAUAGAAGAAAAACAGCUUCCCCGUAUGCUACAUACAGAUGCAAUUGCACGAUACUAUGGAUUUGAGAGGGGGCAAGUAGUUAAAGUUACCUAUAGUGGUGAAAUCACAGAGAUGCAUGUCACAUAUCGAUGCGUUUGGUGAUACUUUGUUGUUAUCUCUUUUGUAUUUUGUUGGCUGAAUUCGUAGAACUCAAGCUGUUGUGUCAUGUUUAAGAAGUUUGUGAUCCCGGGUAUCCUUAUGUUUUGAACUAUAUAGCCAUGUCUGGCAUCCUACUGUGCUA